AAGUUGUCAUGUGUAGAAUGAGUUGGCACACAUACCGGAAGUAGAUUAAUGUGGAGUGUGUUCAGGGUGCAGCAGAAGUUUUGACACAUUCCUGCAGGCUUUUCUGUGAAUACUUCUGCUUUUACUUCAAAUUGUACUUACAGGUAGCCGCCAUGAGUCUUCAAUGGACGGCCGUGGCUACGUUUCUGUAUGCCGAGGUGUUUGCGGUACUACUGUUAUGUGUCCCCUUCAUCUCUCCAAAACGAUGGAGCAAAAUUUUCAAGUCUAGACUGGUCGCUUUGAUCACAACGUAUGGAAACACUGCCUUCAUCGUCAUCAUUUGUAUUCUUGUCUUUCUGCUCGUAGAUGCAUUUAGAGAAGUGAGAAAAUACAGUGUGACAGAGAAAGUGGAUCUGAGCAACAAUCCCGUGGCCAUUGAGCACAUCCACAUGAAGCUCUUCAGAGCCCAGAGAAAUGAAUACAUCGCCGGCUUCGCUCUGCUCCUGUGUUUGCUGUUGAGACGUCUGGCCACACUGCUGUCUCAGCAGGCAACACUGAUGGCCUCUAAUGAAGCCUUUAAAAAGCAGGCGGAGGGAGCAAAUGAUGCUGCGAAGAAAUACAUGGAGGAAAAUGAGAAACUGCAGGAGAAACUGCGUGAAGCGGGCGUUGAAGUGCCUGAAGUGGGUGGGAAGGCCAAGGGUGGUGUGGAGGAGGAUAAGAAAAAUCUGACAGAAGAGGUCAGGAAACUGAAGGAUGAACUCGACGCAACAAAGAAAGCUCUUCAGAAGUCAGACAGCGAUGUGAAGGCCAUGAAGAAGCAGGCUGAGAACCUCACAGCAGAGUACGACCGUCUGCUGGAGGAACACAGCAGACUGCAGGCCAAAUGUGACGCUCAACAAGACAAGAAGUCAGACUGAAUGAACAUCAUCAUGCACCUGCUCUUUUUCCUGCAUCCUCACUGGCUGAUGGCAGCUCAGCUGGGCUGCGCAUCACUCCCCUGGCUGUGUAAGAGCAGGGUUCUGUUCUUCAUUCAUGCGCUUUCACGUGAUUUAUUAAAGCCUCUGCAGGGUCUUCACACACUGUAAUAUGUUUUCUUUCUGUUUUUGCUGUGAACAUCUGGUGUUUAAUUUUGAUUUCAAGCAUUUUGGUUAUCAGUUUAGAAGUGAAUAUCCACUGACAUGAGUAUUAUGUUUCUUGAUGUGUCAGUUUGUAUGUCAGAUACAUUAAGCCUCGUCCAUGAAACACAAACAGAGUGAAUUUAUAUUGUCAGAUAGUUCACCAAAAAAUGAAUUUUUGCUUAAAAUGUGCACACCCUCAGGCUAUCCAAGAUGUAUUCAUCAGAACAGAUUUGGAGAAAGUUUAAAGUUUUACAAAUGCUUCUUUUCACUUCCCAGGAUGUUAAUUGAUGGAAUGAAGUCAUGUGGUUUACUUGUGAUGUUUUUAUCAUUUGUUUGGACUUUCAUUCUGACGGCACCCAUUCACUGCUGAGGAUCCUUUGGUGAGCAAGAGCAAACCUAAAUUUCUCCAAAUCUGUUCUGAUGAUGAAACAAACUCAUCUACAUCUUGGAUGGCCUGAAGAUGAAAAUAUUUUGAUCAUAUUUUUAUUUUUGGGUGAACUAUUCAUUUAAAUAUUCACAUUAAAUUGAAUGCAACAAUUUUACAUAGGCAUGAUUUUACAAACAUUCGUUCAGCUUGUGAUUCAUAAUUGAGUCCCUUUGUUUAUGGAAGGACCAAGAAAACUUUACAGGAUAUUCUAGAUAAGAUGUUUUUGAUAUGGUAAUUGUUGAGUUCAGAUUUCUUUUAAUUAACUGCUUUAAUUUUUUUUUUGCCUUAUGGGAGAAACUUUAGAUUUUCCUUAUGAAUAUGAAGAUUUGGUUGCAGUACCGAUGCAUGUGAUGGUUAAUUUUAGAUCUUUGAUUUACAGGGUACUUGACACUUUACAUCCAAUACGCACUUAAGAAAGAAAAUCCCUCCGGUUUACGAUCGGCGAGCUUGAUUUGUCAUUUUGGCUGUUGCACGUCAUGCUACAGGAAGAUGUUUUGUUUUAUUUUGUCUUGGGUGUAGGAUAGCUCAGUUUUUUUCAGGGCCGUUGUAGAGCAGAGUGAAUAAACUGCUUCUUUCCAGUCCUAUCUGGUUUGAGGCCACUGAGUCGGUAUAAUCUGAUAUGAGCUCGGCAGGGCUGUUACAGUGGGUAAGAACGCCGCUUUGGCAGGAACAGUAAAGCAUCCACAGCUGAUAUUGUGUUUCAAAACACAGCACACUGUAUCUCUCGUCAUCUAGGUAUUGAAAUGAUAUUAACGGCAUCUUUGAGGGCCACGCUGUAGUUUUGCAUUUAACACGCAGAUAAUGUUUCUCGCUAAAGGUCACCAGGUUCACUUGCUGUUACUCUUACAGUUCAAGCGCCCCGGGUUUCUUCGCUUCUUGUCUGGCAUGCAUAAAUAAAUAUCUUUGCAAUCUUAGAGCAGCACAACCGGAAUGACAUCAUAGUCAUCAAUGUUAGUGCUGUUUUGGGCUCUCAGGGGAAAGGGCAUCGGGAUUGCUGGCACAGUGUCGGAUAAUUCAUAGUCAAGACCUCCUGGAUGGUUACCAAUGUAAGGAAUGACAUCUGCUACCAUGACUCUAGUUUACUAUUUCAUGCGCUCAACGAUUGGUUAGUUGAGUGAAACAUUAACCAGAGCACCAGUUCAAUGAAAAUGUCAGGGUAUACCUGAAGAUGGAAAUGGCAGAAGUUGGUAAUUUGGCGAUCAAACCCAUAGUAGUACUGUUAAAGGGGCUCUUUCUUUAUAUGCAAAUGUAGCUUGUUCUUUCUUAUAUCAGGUUUUUACUUUGUGUUUCUGCAAAAAAACAAAAAAAAACAAACAUGCACUGAUAUGUUGGCAAUGAUGGAAUACUUGGGCGUCAUGGAACAUUUUGUGAUUACAUAGUUGUGUGUAAUGCACGGUUCUGAUAGUGCUGUUAUCUGCCUCGAAUGUCUUCAGGAAAGUUUUGUUUGCAUUAAUGUCAGUCUGCGUUACUUCAUUAGGAAAUUUAAGUAUUAUGUGUUCUGGUGAUGUGCUUUAGGUGGGAUUUUGAAAAACCAAACCAAUAAAUUCUACUUCAUUUAUCUUAA